GCUUACAUGUUUCAUAAGUUAUGGAUCUAUGGUUCACGGCCGAUCAUGCCCUUGGAGUUGGGGUGCGACAAUAACAGAGUUGCUCUUUGCCCUCUGGGACAAUAUCUGGAUGCACCGACAGAUUUCAUCAUCUCGGCCAAUAACAGGAUCAAGUUUACCACACCUAGUGAGUUCUGUCAAGUCAUUUCCGUACUUCUCAAGUGCCUGA